AAAGGAACUUAACCAAAAGUAAUGUAGCCCUUAUUUGGAUCCUCCCUCAAAUGAACCAACUGUAAAAUGACACUGAAGGGGCCAAUCUAGGAAUUUUUAAUAUGAUGGAUUGUCAGGAAAUACUGCAAUCUGUUAAUUUAGUACAGUGUGACAAUAAUACUAUGGUUAAAUGAAAAACUAUUCUUAAAAUUUUCAUAGUAAAAAUUUUUAUAGUCUCUUCAAGUCUUUCUUGUCAUGUUAAUAAAAUUUUUUUCCUUAAUAAAAUUGAAUUAUUUUCCUUAUGGCAAAUUUAAUUAAGUAGCAUAGAUUUUCAGGGAAGGAGGAGAUCCAAUCAUUAAGACAAAAGUCAGAGUGAAUUUAUAGGGAUCUGGCCUCAGAACCUUUUUAAUUAAGUAUUCCAUGGGUAGAAAUUUUUUUGAACCAAGUAUCCCCAACAUAUUGGAAUUUAUAAGUUAUAUACACAUUUUUUUACUAAUAUGUGUAUUAUAAUAUAAAGCACAAGAAAUUCUUAAGGAAUUAAAAAAAAACUAUAUGCAGAGUUUUUCCUAUUUUGUUGUUUCACCCAACUCUGAGGAUGACUCAAACAGGCCCCUGGGAAAGGCAAAUUUUCAAGUUCCAACUCUAUUUAUAUAUCUAAAUAUUUGCCCGAAGCACCAAUUGUUAACAAUCAAUUUCUAUCCCAUUACACAGCAACCACUAGAUAAGUAUCCCAAUUUAAGGUUAUUGGGCUGGCGAGACUGGGAACCUCAAAACGGCCAACCCCAAGCCAGCAGCCUCCCAAUGACGCUGCCUUGCUGCCCUAUCCUAACUUAGCUUACAAAGACCUGUAACCCUUGCCUUAACUGAAAUGCCACCCUGCCCCUAUCUUCCCACGAGACUUCCCCCGCUCUCUCCCUCCCCUGCGGGCUGUGGAACUUCACCCAACAGCGUCCCAUUAAAAGCCUGUUUCGACCAACUUUUGCCUGGCCUCUCUAUUCCAUUUCACUACUGAAUGGGAUUAAACCUGACAAAGGUCACUUUCUCAGUAUCAUUCCCUUCUAACAAGGAGAUAGUUGCAUUUUAAGGUUCUAAUUCUGCAAAAUACACGACAAAUGUCCAAAAAUGCAGGUAGAAAAUUCCACCAGAGCACUCCAAGCAGGAAAGAAAGAUGUGCUUCAUCCCAGUGAUCAUUCACCUUUAAGGGAAAAUAUACUCCUAAAAAGAGGAAAACUUGGUUCAUUUCAAAAGAUCCUAAGUAUAAUACACAUAGAUUUACUAAAACAAUUUUUUUAUAGUAUAAACCGAGGAGGUUGGAUUAGAAAAAAAUUUUACUUCGAUGAGAUAUGUUUUAUAUGUUACCUUUUCUACAAUUCAUGUAGUUUUCUCUUUUUUUUUUAAAGUUUUUUUUUAAACUUCUUAAAGUUCAUUUUUUUCCCAAAAUCUCUACCCUCAACAUGAAGCUCAAAUUCCUGACCCCAAGAUCAAGAGUUGCAUGCUCCUCCCACUGAGCCAGCCAAGUGCCCCACUGUAAUUCAGAUGUUAAAGGUGACUCUUUCCUCCAAACAUUAACUUAGCAUUAACGUUUUCUUUUAAGAACAAAGACUAAAUCUACAGAUCAUUUUUCUCUGAAAGAAAAUUUGGCCAAGAAUCAGAACAGUUUCACACUCUCUAUAUACCAAUUGUUCUACAUAAAGAAAAAGGUAUGGCCCUUUUUCCUCUGGGCCGCCAACAUGCCAUCCAGACUGGGGAAGACCCGGAAACUUCGGGGCCACGUGAGCCAUGGCCACGGCCCCAUUGGCAAACACCGGAAGCAUCCAGGAGGCCAGGGUAAUGCUGGUGGCAUGCAUCAUCACAGGAUCAACUUCGACAAAUAUCACCCAGGUUACUUUGGAAAAGUCGGUAUGAGACAUUACCACUUAAAGAGGAACCAGAGCUUCUGCCCAACUGUCAACAUUGAUAAACUAUGGACCUUAGUCAGUGAGCAGACACGGGUAAAUGCUGCCAAAAACAAGACCGGAGCUGCUCCUAUUAUCGAUGUGGUGCGAUCGGGCUACUACAAAGUUUUGGGAAAGGGAAAGCACCCAAAACAGCCUGUCAUCGUGAAGGCCAAAUUCUUCAGUAGAAGAGCUGAGGAGAAGAUAAAGGGUGUGGGGGGCGCCUGUGUUCUAGUAGCUUGAAGCCACAAAGGGGGAGGUUCAUUAAAUGCUAACAAGUGCUUAAAAAAAAAAAUUAAAAAAAAUAAAAAGGUAUGCAGAAUAAUCUGCAUUUUUAUGUUUCACCCCCCUAUGCAAAAGGAAACAAAGAAUGAGUGUCCUGUUAAUUUGCACCAUUUUAAAUGGCUACUAAAAAUUAAGCAUCACUGGAACUUUUAAGACAAUUUUGUUUGAACAAGAUAUCUGUAAAUUAAUUUUGUUCAUAUUUUAUAGGGAAUAUGAGAAAUUAAUUUGUCUCUUCAAAUUUAUAUAUAAUUCAGUAUCUUUUUGACUACAUAGUUUCCUGUUGAAGACAACUGCUUUCUGUGUUGCAACAUGGUCCCCAAUCCAAAGCAUACUUGCUUUAGGAUUCAGCGGAAGAAACUUGGGAAAUCUUUAUUCUACCUCCUAGGCAGGACUGGGGGAUAACUCACCUGCAUCAAGAAGGAAUUUCUCAAAGAUCAUCUCUAUAGAGUGAUCUGGAGCCCAAGGUGCCUCUAAGAGACGCAAAUCACAGCACAAUCUAACAAGAUCCUGUUUCUGUCAGACUCCACUUUCAAUCCCUUGAGAGAUGCAAGAACUGAAUUUUAAGGCAUUGUUUUGCUUCAUUUUCUUUUAUCUUUCUCAAAGCAGAAAAACCUGCCACCCCUUUCUUCCUUUCUCCAUUACUCCCAAAAAAAGGGACUCUUGCUUGGUCACAAAAUUCUCACAGCUCCUGUUGGAGAAGUGUUUAGAAGUAACUUUGCGUUUACUGGAAUCUGGUUCUAUAGGGCUUUCACACCACUUGGGAGAGGUCUACUCUCUCAAGACUAUAUUCAUCUCUAGUGACAGCUCCCAAGCCAGGGUCUCUGGUAAGGCCUUGGGCAGGAUUCUGAGAGAAGAAACAAGAUCUUCUGUCAAAGGGAAAAACACACAGGUAAUCAGCACAAAAUCAGUUCCAGAGACAAGCUGCUGCAUAUCUCAAGUCAGUCUAAAAUCAACUUCUAUGAAAAGAGAUGGAAAUGCCCAAAAGAAGCAGAGACGGUAGGUAACUGUAGUUCACGUUGCUUAGGAAAGAAAAGUAUUUGUAUACCUGGCGUCUUCCUGUACAGGAUGACUACCUAAAAUUGUUUCAUGUAUUCCAGUGCUUACAAACAAAAAUAAAACCCUCUAACAAGGCUCCCAGAAAACUGAACUCCUAUCACCGUAUCUUAAAUAACAGCAUAAACAC